ACCCCAAAAAGCGGUUGCUGCACUCAGUCCCUCGCUAGUGGUUACCCUAAAAUCACUUGGGAUCUUCAAAUGGACUGACAGGGGCUAUCGUGGAGGAAAAUCAAAACUUAAAGUUCUAUAUCCUCCUGACUCUAUCACAGCCGCUCCACCACUCUGUCUACCUGAAAGCCUAAUUGAAGUGAUUCAACCUAGAAGCCACAAAAACCGCACUAUCAAAUCAAGGAAACCUGUUUGUGUGAUCCCCAUUAGAAGACACACUGUUUCCAAAGUACAGA